UCGCAUGGUGCAUGUAGCUUUUUCUGCCAUUCUUCCUCGGCGGCAAAAUCAGUACAGCUCAUGGGAAGCUCAGUCCUCAUGGUUGCAUGACCUGAAUGAUAACUACAAAAAGAUUAACACUGCCCUGAUGCAGUACUGCCACGAGUGCGGCUACACAUUCCUGGGUGCUCUCGUGGACAACUGGCCCAGUUGCCUGAGCAAAGAUGGUGUCCACCCGAGCCGCUUUGAUAACAAGGUGCUGGCAGCAUUCCUGUACCAGGGGGCCUGCACCCUGUCCAUCCAUCUGGAGAGAAGCCGCAUCCAGCAGUCCUACAAGGAGACCCAGGCACCUUCUUCAUGGACCAGUUGGACUCGGCAGGACAGCAUCCCUGCCAUCUCCGAGGCUGACUUUCCCCCGCUUGGUUUGCAUAUUUUAAUUUCUUCGCAAGCAGCAAGUGGACCUUCCACAGCACCAGCUCCUGUCUGGAAAGCCAGCACUGCUCCCUUGCAUAGGCACGGCACCAACCAGCCUACCAGAACCCUUCAAGGUGCUCGAUUUUCGCUUGUUGGCGGUGUCCGUGUCCGUUGCAAGGGAAGCAAAGCUUGGUGCACCUGGGACAGCCUGCCUUCCCCCACUUUCCAUGGCACAAGUGUACCAAGUAGGGGAAAAGCCGAGGGGAGGUCUGCUGAGCCAAUGAUCCCCGGUCGAGGUGCAAGCACCACUUGUGCCUGGAAAACUAGGAGAGCCACACAAAAGCAUGAGAGUGCUCCUGCUGUGUGCUCACCUGUGGGGAAAGGAGAGGCCAGUGCUCAAGAAGCAGCUGUGCCAGAGGCUGUAUUCCACUGUGGCGAGAGGGAGUGGAAACUGGUAGUAUAG